AUGGUGACCCACACACAGCCUAGAGAAGCUGGCACUUUCAGGAAGGUUUCCAAGCCAUUGAUGGAAAAGAAGAGAAGGGCCAGAAUUAAUGUGUCACUAGAACAGCUCAAAUCUCUUCUAGAAAAGAAUUAUUCCCAGAAUAUUAGAAAACGCAAAUUGGAAAAAGCGGAUAUUCUUGAACUCACUGUGAAAUAUCUGAAAACACUUCAGAACGUUGUACAAGCAGGGGCCCCUGUCCUGAGAAGCGCCGAGUACCAGGCCGGCUUCCAGAGCUGCCUGAGCAGUGUGAGUCGGUUCCUGAUGAGGUCGGAGGAGCCGGGUAACAUUUCCCACCACUACCUGGUCCAAGAUCUCUCCAUGACUUCAUCUCCAGCCAGUGGCCCUUGUUUCAGAACCAAGGACAGCGACUAUCACAGUCCCAAUACCCAUGCUACGCCCCCGGCCAACUUAUCGCCCGAUCACAAGCCCAAUACCCAUGAUGUGAACAUGGCCAGCUCAUCGCCUGAUUACAGACAGACCAAGCCCACGUUAGCCCCCCGUGAGUUAUCUCAUUUCCCGGCCAGCACUGACCGCUCCCCAGCACCUGCCAUAAGUCACAGCCCGGUCAUACUCAGUCCCAGCAGUGAAAGGAGCCCAGGCCGGGACGUGUGGAGGCCAUGGUGA